AGCGAGACUGGCUGGUUGGCGCUGCUACUGCUGCUGGCUGUUGCUGUUGGCGGUGUGGGAGGCGGUGAGAGGAGGGCAACGGACGCGGACGAGGCAUGAUGGGCCGGGCAUCACAGGCGGCGAUUCUCAUUCUCGACGCCCCCUUAACGGAACACACGGGCUUCACCAGUGUCCACACUAGUUCACACACGGGUUUUGCCAUUUCUUGUCGUCGACAUCGUCAUUGAAGAGAGAAUAGCACGUCAGCAUGGAGACGGUUACCGUACGUAUGGCCAGAAGUGAUCGCGGCACUUCUUGGGGUUUUGGUGUCACCGAAGCACCAAAUCGCGACGUCAUCAUCGUCAACGUAGUUGGCGGCUCGUUGGCAGACCGUGCAGGUCUACGGAACGGUGACAUACUCGAUCAGCUCGAGGGUCUGAGCAAUCUCGACAUCAACUCAGUCGAUCGUUUACUAGUCACAUCUCGCGAUAAAAUCGAACUCGUCGUGCACAGGCCUCCAGGUCAAACUCGAGUUUGGCGACCGGAAAUAACCGAUCAACGUUACGUAGAAGAUCGUCCUUACCGAGUUUCUUUGGAGCAUAGCGGUGACUCUCGUCCACCUCAAGGUUUCAACGCAGCUGCACUUCCGUUCAACACUGAUCCACGAGUGAAACAUUUGCAAUAUAACAGUCCAAUGGGCCUCUACUCGAACGAAAGCGCUACCGAACAAUACGUCCAGCAAACCCAGGGCCUUAUCGAUAACGGAAUUCCCAAUGUUCCUCGACACAAUGGUGAUCAACCAGCUUACCUGCGCAGCGAAACUUUACGCUAUCUCAAGGAGGAAGAAGGUAGACCGAGAGGUAACUUAUCCGAUCACCCAAAUCCCAACGGACUGCCUGUCUGCUACGUCUGCAGCAGACCUAUACUUGGAGUGAUGUGCCGCGCUGCUGGACACGACCUACAUGGUGAUUGUCUUUCUUGUGCAACUUGUGGAGCUAAUCUUCGUAACAUUGGACAUCACUUUAUCGAAGACAAAUUCUACUGUGACGUACACGCACAACAGAAGAGGGGACUUGGACCAGCAAUGAACCCAAAUCUGGCUGCGAAGACUUCGCCUACAGCAGCACAACCAUUCCGUCCAGCUGACGGCGGCCAAUCGUUUUAUCAGCCCGAAGUAUUGGCCAGGCGACCAUUGUCAGUUAGCCCGACACCACAGCACAGCACCACUCAUAUUCACUACGGUACUCCGAAGACACAGGGAACUUUAAGCCCAUCACUUCGUGGAGUUCCGUCUGCUGUAAACUACGAAGGCGGGCAUCAACAUAGCAGUACUACAACCAUAGGUACUGUUAGUGCACGACCGGUACAGGUACUUCAUCAGCAGUCACCGAAUCCUCCCCCACCAGUGCCGGCAAAUCCGCCACCAGGUCAAACGUUCAAUCGUUCAACUUUCGAGCAGCAUCGUACUGUUACCAGCGGAGGCACCCUUGUCGGAGGACAACAACCAGUUAUCAAACAGGCAAUGUCGAGCAACACUGGAAGCCGUAUUCCUGUCUGCGAAGCCUGCAAGCAGCAAAUCAAAGGCGCCUAUGUCCUUGCCACCGGACUCGCAUGGUGCCCUGAUCACUUUGUUUGCGCUUACGAAGGUUGCGGACGUCGUCUACUUGAAUGUGGAUUCGUUGAGGAAAAUGGUAUGAAGUACUGCGAAGGAUGUUUUGAAGCUCACAUCGCUCCUCGCUGUGCUAAAUGUCAGAAACCAAUCGUCUCGGACUGUCUGAACGCUAUGCAGAAGAAAUGGCAUCCAACCUGCUUUGUUUGCGCUCACUGCCACAAGCCUUUCGGAAACACUGCGUUCUACUUGGAAAAUGGAAUGGCAUACUGCGAAAUGGACUGGAACCAGCUAUUUACCACAAAAUGCGUAGCGUGUAAGUAUCCGAUUGAGGCCGGUGAUAGGUGGGUGGAAGCGUUGGGUAACGCUUUCCAUUCGAACUGCUUCAAUUGCACGCGCUGUCAUUCGAAUUUGGAAGGAGAGAGCUUCUUUGCGAAAAAUGGUCAGCCUUACUGCAAGAUGCACGCCUAAGGAGAUGAAGAAGUCGACGACGUCUUCACAACGUCGUCGCGCCGACAAGGGGACGGGACCUUCUUUUCUAUCGCUCAUCGUUCGCACCCUCCCAAAAACAGACUCAACGAUACACCCCA